CGCCCUUUCCAACCCCCGCCCCACCCGACAAAGUGGAUGGAUAACUGCUCACAUCUCUACCACCCAUCCACAGAGCACACCGCCCAACCUCUACUGCUGCAUCCCCCACCCACGACGACAGAGCUUGCCCCGUCCCUUGCCUCCUUCUCGACGACCAAUAAUGGCAGAGCCUGCCGCCGUGCUGCACAAUGAGGGGGAGGAGCUAGUUGAUUCUUCUUCCGCCGCCGCGUCCGCUGGCGCUGCUGACGUUGCCGCUACUGCUGCUGCUGCUGCACCUGAGCAUGUGGGAGAGAAUGAGGAGCACGAGCAGCCAGUGUACGACCCGUCUGUGUCGCAGGACGCACCAGCCUAUGACCCCUCGGUGCCCCAGACGGAGCAGACCCACUACGAUCCUUCAGAGCCCCAGUCGCACUACGACCCAUCACAGCCCCAAGAAGGCAGCUACGACCCAUCAGAACCCCAGGACGCCGCUGUGCCCGAGGAGGAAGAACCGAUGGGGUACGACCCGUCCAUGCCGACUGACCCGACCGAGGCGGCGGCAGCUGCCAAAGCCGCGGCCGCUGCAAAGGCCGAGGCAGCUGCCAGGGCCGAGGCCGAGACUAGCGACCAGCCCGAGAUCGGCGCGUACGACCCCUCAGUCCCACAAGGAUACGACCCAUCAGUCCCGCAAGGAUACGACCCGUCCGUUCCGACUGAUCCGGAGGAGGCGGCCGUGGUUGUCGCUGCGAGUGCGGCGGCCGCUGCUGAGGCGGCCGCACCAGACUCGGCAUUAGAGGCCUCGGCCGAUGCGGCAGAGGCAGUCGAGGAGGCCGUCGCGAUCCCCGGUACCGACAUUAUCCUGCCCGCCGACGCUGUCCCGGAUGGAAUCGUCGUCGACCCCACGCCACCAGAGCACCACCACCUGCCCACUAAUGGCCACGCCGAGAUCCCAGACGCCGAGCUCAAGGCCGAGCUGCCCGAGCACCUGUCGUCGUCGUCGCCCAGUGUCGUGGCAAACCCAGGCCUUGUGCUCCACUACAGACAAGACCCUGACGACUCGUCGCUCGCCCUGGCGCUGUUCAACUGGGCAGUGCAGAACACUGAGAUUGCCGAUGCGCGCGCGUGGUACGAGGUGCUCGCUGUGGACAACCCGACUGCCGCGCAGCCGCUCCUUGCCCUCAUCAACCUCGAGCUCGCGCUGUCCAACUUUACUCAGGUCGAGGAGCUCUUCGGUCGCGCGCUCCGCAGCUCGACAACUCUGAUGGCCGCCGCCGAUGUCAACAUCUGGAAGGCCUACCUGCACUACAUCCGCCGCCAGAACCCCAGCGACGGCUCUGAAGGCGAGAAGGCCCGCGAGACGGUCGUCCAGGCUUACGAGUUUGCCCUCAAGGAGUGCGGCAUUGACCGCGAGUCGGGCGAAAUCUGGCAGGAGUACAUCCAGUACCUUGGCGAAUCAAAGACCAAGAACCCAUGGGAGAUCCAGCAGAACAUUGACAACCUCCGCAAGGUGUACCACCGUGCGGUGGCCAUCCCGCUCAACAAUGUGGAGUCGUUGUGGAAGGCGUACGAUGCGUUCGAGAGUGCGCAGAACAAGCAGACGGCAAAGACGUUCCUGGCCAACAGGUCUCCAGCGUACAUGACAGCCCGUAAGGCGCUGCGCGAGCUCAGCCGGAUUACCGACACCAUCCCUCGACCCAUCCUCCCGCCUCACCCCGACUUUUCACAAGACGACCGCCGCGUCGUCCAGGCAUGGCGCGACUACCUCAAGUAUGAGGAGGGCAACCCGCUCGCGAGCGAUGACCCAAAUCUCGUCGUCCUGCGCGUGAGCUACGCGCUCAAGAAGUGCAUGGCUCAGAUGCGCCACUUUGCCGACCUGUGGCACUACGCCGCAACGUACCACUUUGCUGCGGAUCGCGAUGACGAGGGACUCGCAUUCCUCAAGGCCGGCGUUGCUGCCGUCCCCAAGAGCUUCCUGCUCACGUUUGCGCUCGCCGAGAGGGAGGAGGACAACAGGAAUUACGCCGACUGCCACAAGAUCUUUGACCAGCUGAUUGGCCGCGUCAACGUCGAGAUUGACGACUUGACAAAACAAGUCGAGCGCGAGGUCGAGAUUGCGCGUGGCCCCGAGGUCCCUAUUACGGCACAGCACGACCUCGAGAUUGACGGCGAGGAGAGCGACGUGGCCCGCUUGGUGCGUGAGCGCGAAGAGCGCGGCAAGGCCGUCGCCCAGCGCCGGAAGCACGACGUCGACGCGGCCAAGACGGCCGCCGGCAUCGCAUGGGUCAUGUACAUGCGCUUUGCGCGCCGUGCCGAGGGCCUCAAGGCGGCCCGCGGCGUGUUUGGCAAGGCACGCAAGUCGCCCUAUGUCACCUGGCACAUCUUUGAGGCGUCGGCACUCAUGGAGUACUACUCGAACAAGGACUCGGCCGCGCUCGCCGUCCGCAUCUUGGAGCUUGGCCUCAAGAACUUUUCCGAGGACGUCGACUUUGUCAUCAAGUACCUCCAGUUCCUGCUGUCCAUCAAUGACGACACGAACGCGCGGGCACUGUUUGAGCGCUCGGCACUCAAGAUCCCUGCUGACAGCGCACGGCCGCUGUGGGACAUGUGGUCCAAGUUUGAGUACAUGUAUGGCGACCUGACGGCUGUGCACAAGCUCGAGGCCCGCUGGGCCGAAACGUUCCCCAAGGACGUGCCGCUCAAGCGCUUCGCGCAGCGGUACACGUACGACGGGGUUGAUGAGAUUGCUCUGCGUGACCUCGGUGCCGGUCGCCGUGCGCCACCACAAGGGCCCAAGGCGGCUCCUGCUACUGCUCCUAUCGCCGCGGCCCCUCCAACCGGACCUUCAGCCGCCAUGCCACCUUUCCCUCCCAACCGGGGCCGCGUGGCGUCUCCACCUCCCAGGCAACCGCCACCCCACCUGCCAGUCACCAAGCGUGACAGGUCGCCACCCCGCUCCCCAGGCCGUCUGGACGGCUUCAAGCGUCAGCGUGGAGCGUCGCCACCACGAGUGGUGUCGGGUGGGCGCUUCUCCCCGGCGCCGCCGCGCGACAGGUCGCCUGUCCCGCCACCACGGUAUGGUCCAGGCGCUGUCGCCGCCCGUGCGCCCGUGCCCCCUCCGGCGCCGGCGGCGACCGUGCCCGCCUAUGCUCAGUUUGACCGCACUGGCCUGCCCAAGCCCGUGUCGUGGUUCAUUGGCCAGCUGCCGCCUGCGUGCGUGUUCGACGGGCCGACCUUCCGCGCCGACGACAUCAUGGGUGUGUUUGAGAGCGUUUCGCCAAAUCUUGCGGGGACCCACGCGCCGCCACCACCCCAGCCUGCGUAUGGUCGCGGCCCACCUGCACGUGCCCCGCCACGGGCGUAUGGGCCUGGACGCCGAUACUAGGGGAGAUGUGUAGAGUUUUAGUGUCGUGCCGCGACUGCAGACGUGUGUGUCUGCCUCAUUAUGCAUUGUGU